GGGGGGGUGCGUUGCCCGGAGACAGAAAGUUUGGGAUCAGGAGCGGCCGCAGUGGCCCCGGAGCGGGGUCCGGGGGUCCGGGGAGGAGGACGGCGGACCCAGUAGAAUGGGGAAGGAGCAGGAGCUGCUGGAGGCGGCCCGCACCGGGCACCUCCCGGCGGUGGAGAAGCUGCUGUCCGGGAAGCGACUCUCUUCGGGCUUUGGCGGCGGCGGCGGCGGCUCUGGCUCUGGCGGCAACUCCGGAGGCAGCUCCGGAGGAGGCGGCGGUGGCGGCGGCCUGGGCUCCUCCAGUCACCCCCUCUCCAGUCUCCUCAGCAUUUGGAGAGGACCUAACGUGAACUGUGUUGAUAGCACUGGUUAUACCCCUCUGCACCAUGCAGCUCUGAAUGGCCACAAGGACGUGGUGGAGGUUCUUCUAAGGAAUGAUGCAUUGACCAAUGUGGCUGAUUGUAAAGGCUGUUACCCUCUUCACCUGGCAGCCUGGAAAGGGGAUGCUCAGAUAGUUCGAUUACUCAUUCACCAAGGACCCUCCCACACCAAAGUCAAUGAACAGAAUGCUCUUUCGAUCAAAGAACUCAAAAAGUACGGCCCCUUUGAUCCUUAUAUCAAUGCAAAGAAUAAUGACAAUGAGACAGCCCUCCACUGUGCAGCUCAAUAUGGCCACACGGAGGUGGUGAAGGUCCUCUUGGAGGAACUAACUGAUCCCACCAUGCGCAAUAACAAGUUUGAGACACCACUGGAUUUGGCUGCACUAUAUGGGAGGCUGGAGGUAGUGAAGAUGCUGCUCAAUGCUCACCCGAACCUCUUAAGCUGCAACACUAAGAAACACACUCCUCUGCACCUGGCUGCGCGAAAUGGCCACAAAGCUGUGGUCCGUGUUCUUCUGGAUGCUGGGAUGGAUAGCAACUAUCAGACGGAGAAGGGCAGUGCUUUGCAUGAGGCUGCUUUGUUUGGCAAGACAGAUGUGGUUCAAAUCCUGCUGGCUGCAGGAAUUGACGUGAAUAUAAAAGAUAAUCGGGGGCUAACUGCACUAGACACUGUACGGGAGCUUCCUUCCCAGAAGAGUCAGCAGAUAGCAGCAUUUAUUGAAGAACACAUGAUUGGGAAAAGAAGUACAAAAGAAGGAGACAAACCUAUCAGAGCCCAGCCAUCAUUCAUCCCUCACUUGGACUCAUCAUCCCUGAAGUCUCAAGGUGAUGUGGAGAAAGCAGUAAAUGAGCUGAUCAUUGAUUUUGACAUGAACUCACAGGAGGAAGGUCCCUAUGAAGCUCUGUAUAAUGCCAUUUCCUGCCAUUCAUUAGAUAGCGUGACCAGUGGAAAGUCUUCUGACCGAGAAUCUAUGACCAAGGAGGCAGAAGCAACCGUUGUGAAAGCAUCUGGAGUGAGGCCUAGAGAACGUCCACCCCCACCAGCAAAACCACCACCAGAAGAAGAGGAAGAAGAAGACACAGAAAUAGAACUUUGUCCUCAUAUAUCAUCUGAGGUCCCAGUUAUGAGAAGUAGGACCCAGGGGAGUGCAUCCAAGGAGGAAGAUGAGCAUCCUUAUGAGCUGUUGCUAACAGCAGAAACAAAGAAGCUAGUACCAUUGGAAGGAAAGACAAAAGACCACGGGAGGAGCAGCAGCAGCCGGAGCCAGGACUCUGCAGAGGGACUAGACGGGCAGGUCCCAGAGCAGUUCUCAGGUCUGCUGCAUGGCUCUUCUCCAGUUUGUGAAAUCAGUGAGGACCCUUUCCAGCUUCUUUCCACUGUGAGCCAGGGUGAUUCUGAAGGGUCAUCCAGACAGGGCACAAGUUACGAAGCUGCUAUGCAGUUGGAGGAUGCUGCUUUGCACACUCCUGAAUCCACUCAGCCCAGCCUUUCUGACCAAAAUAAGAAACUGGGUUAUUCAGCUGGCCUGCCCACCAGCCACAGCCAAUCGGACCCUGAAACUUUGAUGCAUGAGAUAUCUCAACACCCUGGUGGUGCCGAGGAAGCAGGAGACUGGACUGGGACCAGGAGCUGGGCCCCUCCCUCUAGCAGACCAAAAGCUGAACUUAAACUCAGCCGCAGUUUGUCCAAGUCAGACUCUGAUCUCCUGACCUGCUCACCAACAGAAGAUACCACAAUGGGGAGUAGGAGUGAGUCCUUGUCCAACUGCAGCAUUGGGAAGAAGCGGCUAGAAAAGUCACCAUCUUUUGCCUCAGAGUGGGAUGAGAUUGAAAAGAUCAUGAGCUCAAUUGGGGAAGGCAUAGACUUUUCUCAGGAACAGCAGAAGAUCUCAGGUUCACGGAUGCUGGAGCAGAGUGUCGGGGAGUGGCUGGAGUCAGUUGGUUUGCAGCAAUACGAAAGCAAGUUGCUUCUGAAUGGCUUUGAUGAUGUUCGUUUCCUGGGUAGUAAUGUGAUGGAAGAUCAGGACCUCCGGGAUAUUGGGAUCAGCGAACCCCAGCAUCGGCGAAAGCUUCUGCAGGCUGCGAGGUCUUUGCCUAAGGUAAAACCUCUGGGCUGUGAUGGGAAUGCCCAGCCAUCUGUCCCAUCCUGGCUUGACUCUCUGGGGCUGCAGGACUAUAUCCAGUCUUUCCUGUCAAGUGGCUACAGUUCUAUUGACACUGUGAAAAACCUCUGGGAACUGGAGCUAGUUAAUGUACUAAAAGUUCACCUCCUUGGCCACAGGAAGCGGAUCAUCGCCUCUCUUGCAGAUCGGCCCUAUGAGGAGCCCCCCCAGAAACCUCCUCGCUUCUCCCAGCUUCGAUAUCAAGAUCUGCUUUCCCAAACAUCUUCUCCCCUGAGCCAGAAUGAUUCUUGCACCGGGCAGUCAGCAGACCUACUGCUGCCUUUGGGGGACACAGGCAAGAGGCGACAUGACAGCUGCUACGAUCCAACUGCCCACAGCCGAGCUGAGCACUUUAAGACACAGGAGGAUCCCCGGGAGGCCAAACUGACCCUUCGUCCCCCUAGCUUGGCUGCUCCUUAUGCUCCUGUGCAGAGCUGGCAGCAUCAGCCAGAGAAACUCAUCUUCGAAUCUUGUGGUUAUGAAGCCAAUUAUUUGGGCUCUAUGCUUAUUAAAGACCUUCGUGGGACAGAAUCCACACAGGAUGCCUGUGCCAAAAUGCGGAAAUCAACUGAGCAGAUGAAGAAGAUCCCAACCAUAAUUCUUUCUAUCACCUACAAAGGGGUUAAAUUCAUCGAUGCCUCUAACAAGAACAUCAUUGCAGAACAUGAGAUUCGAAACAUCUCCUGUGCAGCCCAGGAUCCCGAGGACCUCUGCACCUUUGCUUACAUCACCAAGGACCUGCAGACAAGCCACCACUAUUGCCAUGUAUUUAGCACUGUGGAUGUGAAUCUAACCUAUGAGAUCAUCCUGACACUGGGACAGGCAUUUGAGGUGGCCUAUCAGCUGGCCCUGCAGGCCCAGAAAGCGAAGCCAGGUGGGGCAUCAGCAGCCGAGAUGAUAGAAACAAAAGCUUCCAAACCAGUGCCAAAGCCUCGAGUUGGCAUGAGGAAAUCUGCAGGGCCGCUGCCACCUGAUAAUCGCUGUUGUUACUGUCACACCUGCACUACCCACCGUCCUUCUUACCUACCGCUGCCGGCUGUUAGUCCCGGAGUCAAGUUGGAACCAUCUGACAUGGACCAAGAUACCCAGUCUCAUGCCAGUGUCUCCUGGGUAGUGGACCCAAAACCGGAUUCCAAAAGGAGCCUCAACACUAAGUAUGAGACCACUAUCUUCUAAAACCAACCCAGCCCCUGUCUCCGUAGUCUCACUGUGCCUUUACCAUCUGAUCUGUCUGCUGUUUUCAAGCUCUUUCCUUCCAGCUGCUGAUGGUGAGCCCCCUCCCCUCCCAGGGGUCUGCUCUCCUUCCUGACAGCAGCACUAAGACACUGUACACUAACAACUUCUGUACCUUAUACCAUCAAACACUGUGAAUUAUCCUCCCUUUGGCUGGGGACAGUGCAGUGGAAGGGGGGAGGUGCCUUCAAGGUAGGCAUCAAAGAGUGCUGAGGGCCCUUUGAAUGGACAGGCACUACAAAUCCCUGGGGGAUUGGCCUUAAAGCCAAUUCAAACAGUGAUGGUAAUAUCAUCCUGGGCUCAAGCCUAGGACACAUGAUCUGCUCUGGUCCAAACUUCUUUCUGAGCCAUGACUGGGGAAUUAAUGCCAAGAACUAACUCACCUUUCUCAACACUAACCACUGUGACCACCCAGUGUGCCAGGAAACCUAUUCCCCAUUCUAAACUCCAAUCCUGCCUGCCAGCUCUAUCCCUUCACCUCCCCUGAUGUAUGGUGCUGGAUUCUCUGUCAGCUGACAGCCUACCCAUGGCUUCCAUGGUUUUGAAUGGGGAAGACUAAGCUACCACAGAUGGCCAGAGACAGGAGAUGGAAAGGCAUAAAUACUGUUGGGUGGUUUAGACUGGGCAGAAUUGUAUUCUCUGUGUGUUCAGGCUGCAUGCCAAUUCUUUACAUCUAUAGCUGACCCUCAGGAGAAGCUUUUAAGGGUUGAUCUCAGGGGUGACCAGAGUAUUGAAGAUAAAAUGGUAUCUCUGUGUGGUCCCAUCAUCUUUGUCGCUCCUAUAUUUAUGAGAGUCCCAGAAGAGUUGGCAGAACUGGCCUUGAGUUCCAGAGGCUAGCUCAGCAAAUGGAAGGCUUCCUUCUUGGACAACUGAGGAGCGGGGCUUGUAUUCUUCCCAUGUGAUGCUUAGUCAUACUGUCUCAGAAAGGGGCUGCUAUAAGCUAGGGGGCUAGUACCCCAAGCUAUGUUAACUGCCAUUAUUUCCCAAAUCUGUUUCCUUGUCUGUAACAUGAGAAUUCAGAGAUCAAGCAGUGGCCUGUGCUUUUGACUUCCCUCUUCCCAGGUCUCUGGUGUGGCAGAUGUUAGAAGGAUGGAUGCUUGUCAUUUUCUAUCCUUUUGAAUCCUUUGAAAAAGGUGAUGGGAUUUAGACAAAGCAAAAUCAGCUCUGGUGUGGGGAGUUAGCUUAGUGACAGGAUAUGGGAAGGAAGCAUCUCAUUAGGAAAUAGUUCAAGUAUAUGUAGUUCAGUAGGAAGUUAAACAGUUAAGAUCAGCUUGGGGGAGUUUCAUUAUAAGUUAAUAUAAUUAGGGUGGGCCUCUGGUCCCUAUCUGGUCUUUGUACCUUUGUAUCUUAAGAGCAGAUAUCCUCCCGGGCUGCUGGGUUUUUAAGAAGCUCUGGGGAUUCUGCAAGGCACCUUCCCCUUCGAAUUCACUCGUCCUCUCCAUACAAUUUGCCUUUGGUUAACCCUUUCCCCUCCCCAUUCUGUUUGCUUCUGCCAAGCUGAGCCACUGGGAAACCACACUGCUGCGGAAAAGUAAGUCCUGGGGGGCACAGACUGCUGCCACCACUGCCUCACCCACCAUCAUGAAGAUCCAGGCUCAGCCUCUGCUUUUGGGAUCGCCUUCCUGCUGUUCAGCACAGGCUUUCCACAAUCAAGCUUCGAAAAUAGAUCCCUCUCCCCCAUCCCUCCCUGCUCCUGACUGGAGAGCAGGAACUCAGGGUCUCUCUCUAGCAGAUGAGAUUGGGAUUCUAGGGGGUCAAGAAGUGACUCUGGGUUUUUUAGCUUGUCCAGAAAAACUUUUUUUUUUUUUUUAAUGGAAAAAAUGAUUGCCCAUGGCCUGAGCCCAUAGGCAAGAAUCUUCAACCAGAAAAUCAUGGGGAUGAAGAUUUUUGGGAAGUUAGAACUGGCAAAAAGGACAAUCCAUCUAGGCCUUCCUUCUUCAGAAUGAGACUCAUGGACUAGUUUAGCAGGUUUGAAAGGAAAGUAAUUGCUUAUGGGAGAUGGGUGAGUGUAAGAGAACAGAAUCAAUAGGUUUAACCUUAAGAUAGCUUGUUGCAUUCUGAUGUUCAUACCUACCUAAGUUCCUUUGCUCUGUUAAAGUGCACAAAUUGCACUUAAAAUAAGAUCAUUUGAAGACAAAUAUCUCUGAUAUGAAAAACAAAAGAUCUGGAGAUUCCUAAAAUGCAACAUUUCUUGAGCUAUUGCUAGGAUUUUUAGAUGUGAAGAGAUGAUGCUCAUUUCCAUACAUUGCUGUCCAUGGUAAACUCUUAGAGCUUCAGUGCCCCACCCAUACCUCUUCAAUCCAUUAGUGACCAGGGAUUUGGUCUCUCCUCCCCCCCCCCCCCCCCCCCCCCCCCCCCCCAACUCGGUAGUAGCUCCAUAUUUUCUAAAAGUUCCAAAAGAAAAGAGAAAAAAGAAGUUUCGUUUGGAGCAUUAACAGAAUCAACUGAACUUAAUACUCAGUGAUGAGAUUUGUCUAAGCAGGUCUUUGCAAUUAGGUUUCAUUGUUAAUUCUCUGAGUCUUGACUAUGUCUGUUUUGUUUUAAUGUUCAGAUCCUCUUGACUCCAAAUAAAACAUACACACACUCACACGCUUUAAAGCUGGUAGCUGACUUGAUUUUUAACUAUUCAGACAGUGCCCAUUGUCUGCACCAGGAUGACUUAUUAGAACACUGCUGUUUCUUACAACUUUCCAAUUUGCUUCUCUUUUAACUUCAGUUUUGUUUCUGGAUUUAAAACCAGGCCUUCUCCCUUAUGAGACAGAAGGGCUAAGAACUCCCGGCCUGUAACCUCCGGGAUAGGGAGCAAAGAGGACUGUGCCUUCCCAAGUGCCCUUUAGCAAAUCUAGUAUUCUCUCACAAUGCAGUUUAUUCCUGUCCAAGUGCAAAUAUUUUAAGCUUUGGCAAUACUGAUCUUUCCCAGCGAAAGGUGUUGAUUGGAUUUAUAUGUUUAAGUGUAUGCAGGGAGGGUCCUUUUAGACUAAAACGCACAAAUUCUAUGGUUACAGAAGUUACAGGUGGUGGUUUUGUUAUCUUUGGCUGAUUGAGGCUUGGCCUUGCAGGCUUCCUCUUUUCUUUGUCCAUCAUAGAUUGCACAGUUCUUCAGCAUUGGCAGUAGUUAAUUCUGGUCAUUCUGACCCUAGCAGAAGAACUGCAUGUGCCAGAGCUCCUUUUGAAAACAGGAGUUAACCUCUGCUUUUCUGUCCUAGGAAAGCACCAUGGUUCUUAUGAGCUUGUUAGGGACUCCUAGCAACUUGCCGUUGUGCCGUAUUCAGCCUCUUGUUUUUCCAAAAAUUUCCCAAGGAAAAUUAAAAUCUUUUCAGUAAAGCUAUACUGUUUCUGCCAUGGUUCUAGGUCUUUAUGCCCUGGGCCCAGUAACAGCAUUUCUCCAUCUUCCAGAGCUUCGCUUUCUUCCUUUUUUAAAGGAAGGUUGUUCCUUUUCAAGUAGUUAUCUGUGGGUAGAUGGUAGGUCCAAAAAGAAAAUUCUGUGUGGACACUAAGAUGAAUUUCUCAUUUUAAAAAAAAAGUCAUAUUGUGAUGUUUUUGUUUUUCUUAAAGCUGCUAUGUCCUCUUUAUUUAUUCAGGAUGUUUUCAGGUUGGGAAGAUAGCUGGUCAGCUCUGGUUCUAAAUUAUGUUUUUAGAUCAGUAUAUUUUUGGAUAUUGGCGAUAGGAAAGUGACUGGAUUUUUUUUUUUAAAUGGGGGUCAGGUACUAUCCCUUUCAUAGAAAGGGAUAUUGCAACUUUAGGAAUAGGCUUUGAGUGGGAAAGCCCCUGCUAUCACACUGUUCUCAGUGCAGGCUAUGUAGCAUAGUUGAACACAUCCACUGUGUUUCUGAACUGUGAAGGAGCCCAUUUAGGUGUGAAACUAUAGCUUUCUUGAAAUGGGUUCAGUUACAUUAAGCUGUCAUCAGUUCCCAGCUCUCUGCUUGAAUUUCCCCAUGUGCUUGCUGUUCUUAGCAAUAGGAUUCUUUUUCCUAACAAGGCUUUAUAUUUGCAACUUUCCAGGUUCCUAGUGGGCCCUCUAGUACUAAAGAUCAGGGGUAGUUAUUCAAAGACAGGUUGGAACAGUAAAGCAAGCACAUUUGUGGUUUGUGAAAGUUAAUCUGAGUUUAGUCUGGCUUGAAGGCUCAUCUGAUAUUGCCCAGACUUGCAGAAUGACUGUCAAAUUGAGUUUGCAAAAGGGUGAUUUUGCUAAUUGUGGUGUGUGGCAAUGGGACUGAUUUGUAAUAAAAAAUGUUAUUUAAUCUUUGUCUCUGUAUUUUGAUACUUGAAUGAUUUUCCUUUUAUUUUCCUGUAUAUAUAAUUGUUAAUCUGUCCAGUUUUGUCAGAAUUAUAAAUACCUUGUGGUACCAAACAUAACCAAUCUGUGCAACAAAAUAGAGUGACCUCACUACACAGAGAUUGUAAAUAUUCCUGGGCUUCCAGCAUUGGUUUUGUUAUUUUGAUAACUGUACAACUUAGAACAGACUGAAUAAAUGAAAAGUGACUUAGAA